GAUUGAUAAUUUUUUGACAUUGGGUUUUAAUUGGUCAUCUGAACUCAUGUCUGAGUCUUAGGUUUCAACGCUGUGAAAUUUGGAUUCUAAGUAGUACAGGGAGGAUGGAUUCUACCCUAGUAGGUAGACCUUGGCACCUGAUUGGAGAUGCUGUGUCAAAUUUUGAUCAAAUUAUGGAAACCUUUUGUGGAAAUAUAUGCAUCGUUUCGCUAUUUCUGCAAGGACAGUAGUAUCGCUCGUAGCUAAGUGGUUCAAUGAUACAUGACUACUUUUGUAUUGUAAUGAUAAGCUCAAGCUGUGUUUUCUGUGAGUAGAUCAGGGUACGAAGAGUAGAUUAGCUUGUACGAAUUGGAGAAGCAAUAUAUAAGUUUCCUAGGAUGUUUCCUUAAAAUGAUCAAGGAUGUUUAGGUAGGGAAGAUGGGUCCCUAGAGAAAUGACGGAGUUCAUCCUAUUUUUUGGUAGAUAAUAAUUAGUUUUCAGCAUUUGGUAGUUUAGCUGGUACUGCGAGUUCUUCGUUUUCAGCUGAUGGGGGUUCGCAUGGUAUUUGAUGGGUUCCCUAGAGAAACGACGGAGUUUAUCCUAUUUUUUGGUGUACAAUAUUAAUUAGUUUUUAGGAUUUGGUAGUUUAGCAGCUUUUGCUGGUACUCCGAGUUCUUGGUUUUCAGUUGAUGGUGUUCACAUGGUAUUUUACUUGGGAAUACCAUGGGAAUUGUUGGAGCAGUGAUGAAUUUCAGAUGGGCAGCCAAUGCGCAAGCAAUUUUAUAACAUGCUAGAUGGACCGUGGAUCUUGUUUGUACAUGUUGCUAUGAAGGUGCGUUCAUCUGUGAAGAAGAUGUGUGAGUUCUGUAGGACAGUGAAACGUCGUGGGCGGGUAUAUGUACUGUGCACAGUCAACCCCAAGCACAAACAACGACAAGGCAUGUCAACAUUUGCGUGUGAAAGCCCACUGCCUCCAACGUCCUCAGAGACAAGUGCCAAUCAGGAGACUUCACUUAUCUACAGCUUCAGAGCUGGUCUUCCUUCUCUUAUACAGAAAAAUAAUGAACCUUCUGUUAUGUUUGGGCGGAGAAUGGGCCUGGCUUCUCUUUUAUUCAAUCAGGGCAGUAAGCAUUAGAAGGUACGGAAGAAAUGUGAAACUUCCUACAGAUUGUACCCAUGUUUGGGGUUCCUUGAAUGGCAUUUUUGCUUCUUAUAUUGUUGUAUUUCUCUUGCGCACUCAUCCUUUGCUCUCGUCCUCUCUCGAUUUAUAUCAGUUUGGAUGCCGAGGCACACUAUUUCACGGUAACGAGGGAAGAAGAAUGCUGUAAAAACUUUUGUGUUUGCUUCCUGUUUGGAAUCCUAUCUUCCAGUUCAUAUAUUGCUAGGGAAGUCUUGAUAAUAUUGUUUAA